AUGGAGAAACCUACUUUCAGGUAUCAGCCUGCCAACAAAGGCAAGGCCCCCCUCCUCACCCUGGGGGCCACUCAGGCAGCAAGGCCUUUUAUUGAGGCCGGCCAUGCUGCCCGGCAGCGGGGCGACAGGGCGUCGUCGGCCCCGGCCAAGAAGCCGGAGGAGGUGGAGAAGGAGGCGCGAGCCCGCGUCGUCUCCGAGGGCGGAGACCCUGGGAACCCCACUCUGGUGCUGAGCCGCCACAGCAUCCAGUUUGGUCAGUACCAGGGUCAGACCUUCAAGUGGCUCUUGGAGAACGACGUGGGCUGGACUACUGAUGUCCUCGCCAGACACCAGAAGGAGCGGGAGACGAGCGUGUCCCAGAGCCCACUUAUGUCCAACAAGGAUGCACUCGCCCAGUACGCCUGCGCUUACCCGGAUGUGAAGGAGGAGGUCAGGUUCCAUAGAGCGCAGGCGGAGGCCCGGGAGCGUUACAAUGAGUCCCGGGACAAGGGCGAGCUCCUUGUUGGCUUUGGGGACUACCGCUGGGACACGCUGAAGGGCCUGUACGACAGCAUUGACCCGGAGAGGAUGAGCUAUGUCAACUGGCUGAAGCGGAAGACGCCUAGGCAUGGGACCACCAUGGACACCGCCAGGAAGUACAUCUUGGGGAGGGACAAGGAGCAGCCGGCAAGAAGAGCCACCACCGCCACCAGUGCUGCCACCAGUGCUGCUGCCGCUGCCACCGCCGCCACCAGCGCACCCACCACCAGCGCACCCACCACCAGCACCCGUGGCACCACCACCACCACCACCAGCACCACCACCUCAGCACGGAAGCCGGCUGCUCCGUUCUUGAAGUCCCUCCUCCACUCCCGGCGUCCCAUGACCUCAGGCGAGCUGCAGGCCAAGGUCCACAAGCUCGUGGGCAAACCAGCGGCACGGCCUGCAGCUCCAGCACUUCCUUCCGCUCGAGACCGGCCUCCCUGGCGUCCAUCACCGACCCCCUCCGUAGAGGUGAAGGACGAGGAGCUGGUCCAGGCAGCCAGUGACAUAGAGAUGGCUGGUUCUUGA